AAAUAUUUUAUUAGAUUUUAUUUAAUAUCUUUUAUAUUUUUCUAACGUUUUCUAAUGUAAGGGACUUAUUCAAGUAAAACGAUUGAACCGACAGAUCCAGUUAGACUGAUUGCACCGACCGUUUCCGGUCUCACGUCCCGUUAACCAUUCCGGUUCAAAUUUUCUUGUAUCCGUCUCCCUCCCUCUUCAUUUCAUCAUUUGCUUGCAUCUAUGUGAGAAACAGGAGUUCCAUUGUAGGCUUGGAGCUCUCUCUCUCUCUACCACCUUCCCAACAAACACCAUUCAAUGCCCUCUCCUUCGUCCCACUCAGUUGUCACCGACCUUAGUUAUAUGCACACUUUACAGUAUACAGCUUUAAAUAAACCACGUGAACACUAUACACACAGUCUCUCUCUAUAAAACCCAUCCACACUAACGCUACAUAAUGUACAAAAAGUUGUAUAGAUACAUACAGUGAGAGAGAGAGAGAGAGAGAUGUGGUCAACAUUUACAGCGCUCUUGGCGCUCGUUCUCUCUCAAAAAACCCUCUCACAUGUUUUCUCUCUCCUCCAUAUCUCUCUUCCCCAAGCCCUAACCCUCCUCUUCUUCCUCUCCCUCUCUCUGCUCCUCAUCAUACGCAACCGCAACCAUACACGCAUCUACCUCCUCGACUACACCUGCUACAAACCCCCAUCCACCCAAAAAUGCCCUCUGGAAAACGUCGAAUUCCUCGUUCGCAGAAGCCGAGUCUUCUCUCCCGAAUCCGUGUCCUUCAUGCGCUCCAUCGUCCUAAAAUCAGGGAUUGGGUCCGAGUCAUAUGGUGCCCCAUUCCUCUUCGCCGAAAACCCCACCCCAAAUUUCAACCUUGCCCUUGCGGAGUCACUGGACUCAGUCCUAACAACCACGCUCCAACUUCUCUCUAAAACCAGAACCCAGCCCUCGAGCCUAGGCUCCAUAGUGGUCUCAUGUGGCAUGUUCGCCCCCACUCCCUCUCUCGCUUCCUUUCUAGUAAGCAAACUCGGCUUGACCGAGUCCAUAAAGACCUAUAAUCUAUCUGGCAUGGGGUGCAGUAGUGGAGCCAUAGCGUUGGACCUAGGCUCGAGCCUGGUUCGAACACACCGCUCCCCCGUGCUUGUUGUGGUCACCGAAAAUGUAAGCCACAAUUGGUAUGUCGGCUCCGACAGGUCAAUGCUCGUAACCAAUUGUAUAUUUCGAGUUGGGUGCUCGGCCGCUUUAUUAACGAGCCAAAAGGCUGGAGCCAAGUUCGAAUUGGUCCGAACCAUGAGGACCCAUCAUGGGUCGGACGACUCGGCUUAUAAGGCAGCUUUCCAAAGAGAAGACGAGAAGGGGUUGGUUGGUGUGUCUCUCACCAAGGACUUGGUUCGAGUAGCUGGACUGGCUCUUCGAGAUCAUAUACGAGCCUUGGCCCCACACGUGCUACCAAUUUCUCAGAUGGUUUUGUACGUGUGUAGAACGAUACACGCACGUGUGCGUAGAGAGGCAAAGGUGCUCGUGCCUGAUUUCAUGCAUGCUUUUGAGCACGUUUGUAUACACACGGGUGGGAAAGCGGUGAUAGAUCAGGUGGGAAAAGUGCUUUGCUUGGAUCCCCACGUGCUAGAGCCCGCACAUGCCGUUCUUCAUAGGUUUGGAAACACGAGUGGGAGCCUUGUGUUUUAUGAGAUGGCUUACUUGGAGGCAAAGGGAAGAAUUAAAAAAGGUGACAGGGUUUGGGUACUGGCCUUUGGAACAGGCUUCAAGGUCUGUUCGCACGUGUGGAAGGCCCUACUUGACACGUGCGGGGAGCCUGAUAAUCCUUGGAUGGAUUGCAUACACAGAUACCCUGUUAACUAGUGCCUACCUAACGAAGGAAAAUGGUUUGACAGGAGUGCAGUCCUAUCAAAAAUAAGUAAAUCUUCGUCUUAUAAUUAUUCCAAAAUUGUAGUUCAAAUCAUUACAUUAAUGAUUUUGUCUUGAAUAUCAUGGUCCUCAAAAAAAAAAA